GAAGCUAGAAACUAGAAACUGAAGGAAAAUAUCUUUUAUUAUUAGGUUUUAAAACCAUUUUUUAAAGAGACAGUUAAUGACUUUAAAAAAAUUUCGAACAGAGGAUUUAAAAAUGAAAAUUCUGUUCAUUAAGAAUAUUGUUUUAAAGGCUGCGCAGUGUUUAAAAAAACGGAGUUCUGAAGGAAAAUCUUAGAAUCGUAGAAUCUUAUAAAUAGUCCUAUCUUCAGAGGAGCCUUGAAGAAAAAGUUCGAGAUCCACAAUUUGAGUCCAUUGUUGAGACUAUUAAGAAUCUCUUUGAGCUGACAGUUGUAUUAUCAAUAACACACUAACGCACGUCAAGCUGCCUUAAAGGGACCUAAAUCCAGGCGUUAUCUCCCCUCGGGGAAUGAAAAUGAUCAGACAAUAAAGCAUCAAACAGUGUGUAAUCCCUGCACCUGCAGCUGUUAAAUGGUAGUCUUUGUUUCUUCUCGGGGCUUUUAUUUACUAAUGUGAAAGCUUUUAGCGCGUGUUUGCUCAUGUUUGCCGAAGUCUCAGGCAGAGCAUUUCAGUAAAAAUGACAGAGUGGGAGGGCCACUCGGUGCAACUAAUAAGGACCGAGAUCUAGCAGGCGAUCCCACUGUGACUUUUAUUUCCAAGUCCUGGAAAUCGCAAUCGGACUGAUCGUAAUCACACAUGGAUUAUGUUGUUUUCGCUGCCGUUUGUUUGUUUUUGCCAUAGAGGAAACUUUCACCGCAGCUGUUUUGAAGUGGACUGCUCUCUAGUGUUUGAACCAUGAUGUGUGUGCUGAGAUGGACUGCUUUCCUCUGGACUUUAAAUUCCAUUCCUGGCUCCGUUGGAAUGGCAGUGAAUGAACAAGCAGAUGACUCAUGUCCCCCUUUGAGUGUGGAGGACCACAGAUUUUCUGAUGCAUUAGAUCGCCCUCUGCAAAUCACAGGGUUUGAUCUCACCGAAAAGUUUCUACUUCGAAAAGGGACAAUUAUGGAAGACCUGCCUUCAUUUAGAUUGGGAAGCAGUCCACUUAUCAAGCCAACAAUAUCCAUUUUUCCAAAUGGACUUUCAAGUGAAUACUCCUUUGUCACCAUCUUCCGGGUAAGGAGGACAACGAAAAAGGACCGCUGGUAUCUUUGGCAGAUUUUUGACCAAUCUGGAGGCAGUCAGGUGUCUGUCGUGGUGGAUGGCAAUAAGAAAGUGUUGGAGCUUUCCUUCCAGGGUGUGCUCAAAAACACGUUGCGCUACACGUUCAAGAGCCGUGACCUACAUGGCCUUUUUGAUCGCCAGUGGCACAAGCUGAGCAUUUCUUUACAGAGCAACAUGGUGUCACUUUACAUGGACUGCAAGCUCAUAGAGAGGAGGCUGACCGACGAGAAGGACGGCAUUGACCCCAGUGGAAAAACACUGAUCACCACACGGAUGGAAGAUGGUCGACCUGUAGAUGUGGAGGUCAGACAAAUUCUGAUCUACUGUGACCCCUAUAUGGCUGAGAUGGAAAACUGCUGUGAGCUCGUGCAACCAAAGUGUGAAGCCAAGAAGACUUUUAAUGGGACGGCCCCCCCUCCCCUGGUUACACAGCAGCUUCCACAGAUGCUGUCUCAGCCGGUCUCACACUCAAAUGACAGAUGUCACUGUCCAGGCGAAAAGGGAGAUGUUGGACUCCCAGGUGUAGUUGGACUGCCAGGAGAAAAGGGGGACAAAGGAGACAAGGGGGACUCAGGGGAGGUCGGACCGACAGGAAACCCAGGACAUAAGGGGGAACCUGGAUCGGAAGGGCAAACAGGAAUCGAUGGGGAGAAGGGUUUGAAAGGUGACCCAGGACCAGUUGGUCCGACUGGUCCGAAGGGAAACAAAGGUGAUGUGGGUAAACCUGGCCUUCCUGGUUUACCUGCUAAUAAAGAAUAUGUCAAAGGAGAUCAGGGUCCCAGAGGAGACAAAGGAGAAAAGGGCUUGGCUGGGGUGCCAGGAGAACCAGGCAAGGAGGGCAAAAGGGGGCGGAGAGGGAAACCCGGAGAGCCUGGACCCAGAGGACCAUCUGGCCUAGCAGGAAACACAGAAGGUGGAGGUGUGAAGGGGGAGAAGGGGGAUUCAGGAGAGCCGGGAGAAAAAGGAGAAGCUGGUCAGCCAGGUGCAGAGGGUGAGAGUGGGAUGAAGGGCCAGAAAGGUGAUGCCGGCCCUCCUGGUCCACCAGGUCCUGUGAUGACAGCCCACGGCUUGAGACAACUCUCUGGAACUGACGAUCUAAAGGAAACCCAAAAAGGAGAAAAGGGAGAUCAGGGCGAGCGAGGACAACAAGGAAUGCAAGGAUUUAAGGGAAACCCAGGUCUUCCAGGCCUGAAGGGAGAUCAAGGCCCAGAGGGGAAACAAGGCCUGUCUGGACCCAUCGGACUCCCAGGACUCCCAGGAGAGCCAGGCUCGCCGGGGGAGCCAGGGGUGCCUGGGAGAGACGGCCUGAAAGGAGAAAAGGGUGACUCUGGUGGAGUGAUGGGGCCUCACGGACCUCCAGGUCCAAAGGGUGAGCCUGGAGAGCCGGGGGGCGGAUAUAUGGGUGAUGGGAUGCCUUUAACCAGAGGGUCUCGUGGACCUAAGGGUGAGAGAGGAGUACCAGGCCUGCCAGGAGACCAAGGUGAAAAAGGCGAGCCCGGAGAGAGUGUCCUCGGCCCUCCUGGCCCCAUGGGAGCCCCAGGACACCCCGGAGUUAAGGGCUCACGAGGACUCACAGGUUCUUCUGGCCCUCCUGGGGUUCCAGGAAAGGAGGGCUCCCCUGGUAGACCAGGCCCCCCAGGCCCCGCUGGGCCCCCGGGUGAACCAACUGCUCUGCCAAUCGUCGGAGACAUGGGUUCUUUGUUGAAGAAUGCCUGCAGUUUGUGCCAAACGAAGAUUCCUGGUCUCCCUGGACAGAAAGGGGAGAAGGGGUCCCCUGGUGGACAGGGGACAGAGGGCGGGUUGGGAGAAAAGGGAGAUCCAGGCAUCAGAGGUCCGAUGGGUAAUCCUGGAAAAGAAGGCCCCAAGGGAAUAAAAGGGGAGAGAGGCUUCCCAGGCCCUACAGGAGAUAAAGGUGACGAGGGGCCCUCAGGAGCUCCAGGACUUCCUGGUAUGAUUGGUCGUACAGGGGCCCCGGGCAUAAUGGGCCGACCUGGACCAAUGGGUCAGCAUGGAGCAAAAGGAGACAAAGGAAGUGAAGGACCCGCAGGUACACCAGGGCUUCCAGGGCCUCCGGGUGUUCCCUAUGUGGAGGGCAAUGGCAUGAGCAGCCUGUACAAGCUGCAGAGCGGUGGAGUUUUCCUGGGACCGCCUGGAGCUCCCGGUGCUCCUGGUCCCAAAGGAGAUGAAGGAGCUGCAGGGGAACCAGGAGCCAUGGGAUUACCAGGGCUGGAAGGACUGCCUGGCCCUAAAGGCGAUGUUGGUUUUCCUGGUCCACCAGGGGCAGCAGGUCCUCUAGGAAAGCCCGGAACACGUGGAGAACCUGGAAUCCCAGGAGAGCCGGGUGAACGCGGCCCACUUGGAGAGACGGGAUUUCCGGGGCCUGAGGGACCCCAGGGUGUUGCUGGGAGACCUGGAAGAGAUGGAACUCCUGGAGACGAGGGAUCCACAGGUAAACCAGGGGACAGAGGACCCAAAGGAGAACGUGGUGAUUCAGGGAUUCCUGGUGAAAGAGGUGUUCAAGGUGAAAGAGGUCGCUCUGGAGACCCUGGUGCAGUCGGGCCCAUCGGUCCACCGGGCCCAAAAGGUGAUUCAGGCUCUCCAGGACAGCUGGACCGUGGAACCCUCUUGGGAGACCCGGGCUUCAUGGAGGAACUGAAGAUGAUUAUCCAAAAUGAAGUACUGAGAGUCAUUGAAGGGAGGCUUCUGGGAGCCGCAGCACUACAGAAAACACCUGCAGGCAUCCUAGCUCCACAGGUUCAAGGGCCUCCAGGACCACCUGGCAAAGAUGGAUUACCAGGCCCACAAGGAGUGCCUGGACCUCCUGGUCCUCAAGGAUACAGAGGUCAGAAGGGAGAACGCGGGCAGAUCGGUCUAGGGUUACCAGGAGAUCCAGGACCCAUGGGACCCCCAGGUCCUGUGGGCAUCCCUUCCCAUGGACCUCCUGGCUCUCCAGGACCCCGGGGACCUCCUGGUACAUGCAACCCCAGCGACUGUCUCCUGCCAUCCUUAUGAGCCCGACAGAGAGAUUUUGGACUGUUGGAAGUAAAGUUAUCAGGCUCAGAGCAGCAGAACCACUUCAUCUGACCGCUUCCACGGCUCUGCUUUAUCAGACACACUCAUAACUGAUCUCUUUUGUUCACCUUAUAAUAACAUUUGAUGCAGUGCGUGUUGUUGUUUUGUUGGGGGAUUGGUGUAAAGUUUCUUUAGAAUGCGGUGGCAAACCUUUGGGGUUUUAUCCCUUUUUGUAUUGCAGUACUUUUAACUUAUUUCUUGUUUUUACAUCUCCUACUGUGAUGUGUAAUGCAUUCCUUGUCAUCUCUCAUUAUUUCUUUCAAAACCGUGAAAUGACUUUGUUUUGUCCCAUUCAGUCCUGUUUGAAACAUUAUCUUAAUUAUUUGUUUUCCUUCUGAGCAGGCGUUUCUAUGCACACUUUUGUUCUUCUCGCCUGUUUUUCAGAUAAGCGUGAGUGUGUGUUUCUAUGUGUGUGUGUGUGUGUAUGCAGGGGCUUCUAUCUUUGUGUGGACCAGCUUGAUUUUUAGACCUCCAACCUGUGCUAGUCCUCAGCCUUCGAGGUUUAAUGGAGCUUUUGAGAAGGUGAAAACAAAGAUUUGAGGGAGAUACUUUGACUUGUUGUUGUUUUUGGUUAACGGACUAGGACCAGGUUUUUUAUAUGGUUGUAACAAACAGGACGGUCACACAGCUACGUUUUCUGGUCUCAAGAUUAGAUAAUGGCAAAUGAUACAUCUUUUCCAGCUGCUAAGCAAAAAAUGUUGCUAUGUAUCAUGUUAAUAUGCAUCCUAUCUUUACUGCAGUUUGUUCUUUACAUCAGUAAACCAUGUAGCAAUGGUCCUCCGACGAGAUCUAAGUUGCACUGGGCUAAUCUGUUCUGUAUCCUCUAAGAUUUCAGCCCAAUGUUAUCAAAUCAUCUCUGAGCUAAGCUGUUUUAUCAAUCCUUGUAUUCCUAGUCCACUACCCUGGGGCAUUUUCUGAAGGACUUGCAAAAAUUGGGAGAUAUGAACAUAGGUAAUCACCAUAAGGUUGAGCUGGUACUAUAACAAUUUAAUUUCAUAUACUGUGUAUUUAUAUAUUAGCUCUCAGCUGAAAUUGGCAGGUAUAUUUUCGAGGCAUAACAUUCAGUCCAGUGAGGUAACAAUUGUAAAGUUCUGGGCUGAAAGACUCUAAGACACAGCUGAAAGAUGUAGCUAUGACCUAAGACUUGUAUAUUUGAGAACCACAAAGCUGAACAGAAUGUACCAUCAUGUCAGUGCAUGUCCUCGCAAAGAUCAGAGUCCGUGUUUGUGUUUGUGUGAGAGCGAGAGCUGAAGAUAUGCACUGUACGUGUGACAAAUCACCAUAUUUUGGACACUCUUUAUGCAACCAAAGUGCAGCAGAUGCAUCUAAUGUGGAAAUUAUUUAUUUAUAGUGUGUGGAUAAGAAUGUAUUUGACAGCUGUAGUAAUUAUAAUGUGGACAUUCCAGUAAUGUAAUUACUGGAGGCUGCAUGGCUUAUUUGUUUGUUAAAAUAAUCCACCAAACAUGUUUGAACGCUUCACUAACAAUCGCUGAUUAAUGCGAUCUGCCAUGUCAUUGUAAUACAAAACCUUCCAACUUUAAAGGCACAGGCAACAAGGUCAGAUUUUUCUGCAUGAAAAUGAUGUAUUGAGUUUAAUUGGUCGAGGUGUGAGGCCUCGCACAUUGACCUUCACUGUUGAUUACAACUGUAAAUAGGAUGAAGUAUAGCUUUUAACUCUUUGUCUAAUGAGGAAAAGGAUGGGACCUUUCAAAAUAAUCACAGUAUCAAAGGAUGCUCUUAAUGUGUCAGGGUCACAUGACACAUUAAAACCGACUUUGAAAUAAUGUUUCUUUUUUUCCUUUAACUAACACAUCGGUUACUGUUUACAGAGUGUUGUGUAUGUAUGAUGAUUCCUCUGGUUCGUUUGUAUAUUUUUGAUUUGCAGCCACGCAAAGGAAAUCGGACGACUACACUGCAGCUUCAUACAUCCACUGUUGUGAGCCAUCAAACUCAUCAACAUACAGUACUUGAACUUUUCUCUCACGGUCCACAUCCUGGUUUUGUGUGAUGACUUUGUAUGGGGAGCGGUUGUUAAAAUACUGAAGUUUGAAUUUAUUUAUUUGUUGUGAGAUUAUUUUGAAUAUUAUUUUUGCUAAUUUUAGGAAGUUUUGAGUCAGCUUGAGUUAGUAUAUGUGCAUCAAUUCAUUAGUCCAUAUAUAUAAAAUGAUACGUACUAUGUGUUAACAUAUAUAUAUAUUUAUAUGUAUAUAUGUAAACAUAUUUAAGUAUGUAUAGCUACAUAUGAAUGUACCAAUGUAUAAAUGUACAGACAUGCAUUUAUGUCUGUCUGUAUGUAUACAUACCUAUAUAUUUGUGAAAUUAGAAUGUCUUGUGUAUGACACUGCUCACUUUUUUCAAUUUCUAACACUAUUUCAAAAUAGUUUGACUCAAAGGCUUCAGAUCUUUACAUCGACGAUGUUCAAAGGAAAUUUUGUGGGUGCCUCUGAUGUUUUCUGUUCUUUAUUUCAAUCAUUAAGAUCAGUUUGACGAUUCCUUUUUCUUUCUUUUCAUGUCUCACUUGACAGAAUGUCGUCAUCCUGCUCUCACACAUGUAAAUUAUAAUUCAUUUCAUUUUAAAGCUGCAAAGAUUUCUUUUUUUUCUUGUUUUUUUUUUAAGCAUGCCUGCAACGAGUCCUCUGGUAAAUGUCUUGUGUGUGGGUUGAUACUAAGUCCAUUUUAUUUGUGAGGCAAAAGAGCCCCCUGCUGGAGGCGUGAGCUGCGACCGCUUCCGUUGGCCAUGGAAAAACAUUCUUGUUUCCUUUUGUUGAAUACAGCCCUUUCAUGUGGCUGAUUUUCGUGUUUGUUUUUUAAUAGCUUCCCCUCAGAGACAGUAACAAGGACCUUGACUAAAUUCAAAUGAGUCUGCAUUAGGAAACUCAUCUGUGAACUUUUUGGUGCACUGAAGAGAAGAGAGCACGAAUGAAAGAGGAAUUGAAUUAGGCUGGAAUUGAUAUUAAUGCCUGUUAGUUUGUGGCUUCAGUCGGGCUAAUCAUUUUCAUAACUUAAGAGAAUAGAGCAAAUAAAUGAAGCGGCUGUCGGCACAGUCCAUUUGGUGCCAGUGGUUUCUCGAGGCUCCACGAAGAAGUCUGUUCAUUACAUGUCAGAAUGGAAACUCAUUCAAGUGAAAUGUUGAACAUCUUAAAGAAUCCAAAUCGAGUUGACUUUAAGCUUUAUUAUCUUCUGUUGCAGCAACUUAACCCCAUGUGCUUUCCAUUAAUAUUCUAAUCCUGUAAAUAAGUUUUAAUGAGGAAGAAAAGGGAUAAAGCUCUCAGCAUGAACUUUUGGAUUAAAUAUGUCUGCCUGCUGCAUUUUACUGUGCUGCGUGACCUCGGUUUGUGUUUGGUUUCUUUUUGUUUUCUCUGAAAAUCUACCUCACUCUUGGUUAACCACAUCUACAUCAUCAGCUACUUAGAAAGAAAACAAUAUUAACACUCAUUCGUUGCCUUUAUCUAUAGAAAAAAUGCAAUUAAAAACACAAGUUUAUGUUCCAGGGAUCUCUUGCGGUCCUGGUUGUUGACUGUUAUUUGUGUCGUCCAGUUUAGUGAUCUGUUAGAUAUAGAGCAGAGGCAGUGAUGUGCCUGCUCUAAAGCAUGGUCUCGACUGUGUGUGUGUGUGUGUGUGUGUGUGUGUGUGUGUGUUUACCAGAUAUCAGCGGUUAUAUUUUACACUUUUCUUUGCAGCAUCUUUUAUCAACACUGAUUAAUGGCUCCUGCCUUAGACAUGUGCAAUAAAUGUUAUUCAGUGCUUUAUUUCUUGUUUGGUGGUGUUUUUCUUCCAACUAGUUGUAGAUGUUUUGCAACCAACUUGUAUAAAGUUGUGCCAGACGAAUGAGGCUGUUCAUUUAUUCAUAGGGGAUGAAGUGGAUUAAAGAGAGAACGAAGGUACGGUUUCUU